ACUUUACCACACUUAGGAACUCUACACUAUUUAAUGCGGGCGGCAUAUUAAUGUCAUCUUCUUUUCCAACGGUACGAAAUGUGGGAGUCAGCGUGGAAGCGGUGGGGCGGUGUUAGCGAAGAAGAAGAGGGUGAUGGUGAUGGUGAUGGUGAUGGUGGAUCAGUCCUCAACCACGUCGCCGACAAGGGAGACAUCUUCACUCUUCUCCACGUCAUUUCCGACGCCUACCUUGCCACGUCACUCGGCUCCCUGUGUAAGCCCGAGGUUGAAGUGGAAGCAUUAGUAAUCCAAGGACCAAAAAUGGAUACUGUAAUAAGCCAAGUUAAGAAGCUUGAAGUUUGUGUUCUAGUUCUAGGCCAGAAAAAGCAGCCAUCUCCAUUCCUCAACUGCUUGUGUUUGAAGAGCAGCUCAGAGGUGUUUGUGGAUGAAUGCAUCAAUAAUUUGGAGUGUUUGACAAUAGGUGUAAGAAAGCAGAGCAAAGCAGUUGGUGGAUACCUCAUCACCACUAGAUGGCACAAAAAUUUCUGGCUUUUAGCUUAGGAUUUCUUCUCUCUGUAAUUUUAACUAACAGCUGAUUCCCUAUGUUUGUUUCUCAUUUUGCCUAGUUUUCAAAUAAUACUCCAU